AUGGCUUGGGAUUACGAGUACAAAGGGGUCAUAUGUGAAACUGAUAAUCUUGAUGCAUUUUUUUUUGUUUUGCGAGGCACAACCAGCAUAAUUAGGAAUGACUCUAAUCUGCUUGACAAGAUCAAAGAGAUGCUCCAGCGCAAUUGGACAGCUACUUUACUAUCUGGAUUGUUUGUUGAGUUUGGAUCUAUUUUAAAUUUGUCGGAAGCGACCUUCUCCUACCUAAACGACGCCGGCGAGAUUCAAGCCACCACCAUCUCUGACCUAACGAAAGGCAAAAAGGCCAUCCUCUUCGCCAUUCCAAGAGCCUUCACACCAACCUACUCGCAGAAGCACGUUUCGGGAUUCGUGGAGAAGUCAGCGGAGCUGAAGGCGAAAGGCAUGGACACAAUCGCGUGUAUUUCGGUCAACGAUGAAUUCAUGAUGAAGGCAUGA